ACAGCGCGCGCUUCAAGGCCUUUUUUUUUGAGAUAACAAGGAGGAGAGGAGGAGAUGGCGGUCACGAUCACGUGGGUGAAGGCGAGGCAGAUCUUCGACAGCCGCGGCAACCCCACCGUCGAGGUGGACGUGGGCCUUAGCGACGGCAGCUACGCGAGGGGGGCCGUACCCAGCGGCGCAUCCACUGGGAUAUAUGAGGCCUUGGAGUUGAGGGAUGGAGGAUCUGAUUAUCUUGGCAAGGGUGUUCUUAAGGCUGUCAGCAAUGUAAAUAACAUUAUUGGACCAGCAAUUGUUGGAAAGGACCCCACUGAGCAGGUUGAGAUUGACAACUUCAUGGUCCAACAGCUUGAUGGGACCUCCAAUGAGUGGGGCUGGUGCAAACAGAAGCUUGGAGCAAAUGCCAUCCUUGCGGUUUCACUUGCGGUGUGCAAAGCUGGAGCUAUGGUGAAGAAGAUUCCUCUUUACCAGCACAUCGCAAAUCUUGCUGGAAACAAAACUCUGGUGCUCCCUGUACCUGCCUUUAACGUGAUUAAUGGAGGGUCACAUGCUGGAAACAAGCUUGCCAUGCAGGAGUUCAUGAUCCUCCCAACUGGUGCCUCCUCGUUCAAGGAGGCCAUGAAGAUGGGAGUUGAGGUGUACCACAACCUGAAGAGCAUCAUCAAGAAGAAGUACGGUCAGGAUGCGACAAAUGUUGGGGAUGAAGGUGGUUUUGCACCUAACAUUCAGGAAAACAAAGAAGGCCUUGAACUAUUGAAGGCAGCCAUAGAAAAGGCUGGCUACACUGGAAAGGUGGUCAUUGGAAUGGAUGUUGCUGCUUCUGAGUUCUUCGGUGAGAAAGACAAGACUUAUGAUCUUAAUUUCAAGGAGGAGAACAACGAUGGCUCAAAGAAAAUUUCAGGCGACAGCCUGAAAGACCUGUACAAGUCCUUUGUUUCUGAGUACCCUAUCGAGUCGAUCGAAGACCCAUUUGAUCAGGACGACUGGAGCACUUAUGCCAAACUCACUGAUGAGAUUGGACAGAAAGUGCAGAUUGUAGGAGAUGAUCUUCUCGUUACCAACCCCACCAGGGUCGCCAAGGCCAUCAAUGAGAAGACCUGCAAUGCUCUCCUCUUGAAGGUGAACCAAAUCGGGUCUGUGACCGAGAGUAUCGAAGCUGUCAGGAUGUCCAAGCGCGCCGGAUGGGGAGUGAUGGCAAGCCACAGGAGUGGCGAGACAGAGGACACCUUCAUUGCUGACCUCUCAGUUGGCCUGUCUACGGGCCAAAUCAAGACGGGAGCUCCUUGCCGGUCUGAGCGCCUGGCCAAAUACAACCAGCUGCUCAGGAUCGAGGAAGAGCUCGGUGAUGCCGCGGUCUACGCCGGAGCAAAGUUCAGGGCACCAGUGGAGCCCUACUAAGAAAGGAAGAGGAUGGGGAUGUUUUCUUGUGGAGCUAUACUAGCUCGCUGCUGCCUUUUGUUACAAUGUUUGUACGGUCGCAAUAAAUGUAUGGUCGUGUUUGCUCGAGAGCUACUCAGGUGAUUUUGUCGUGGGAGCACCAAAAGCAGAAAAGAACUGUUUUUUUCUUCUCUCUCUCUAGAUUCUGACGAGUGGUGGUCUGCACUCGUCGUAAUGUCGUUUGCCUAAACUGAUUUUGAUGGAACAGGAAAUCUUGCUGGUCUUGCCA